CGCUCUCUUUCUUCUUGGUCUUCUUCAGCGUCUCGCGCAAGCUUCUACUUUUUUACUCUCACUGUCGCUCAAAGCUUCGCAGCGAAGCUGAUGAAAGAUCAGAUUUUUCGAAACCCCAAACACGUCCGAUUUCUCCCGCUAACUCCAAACCUCCGUCUGCAUAUAUAUACUGGCUUUCUCGACGCUCUCCGCGAUCAUGCGUCCCCCUUUUUUAGCGACAAUCUCUAGCUAUUUCGCUUGAUUCCCCUGCUCUCUUCGGUGUUCCCCCUGUCAGCCGCUGUCCAUUCUCGGAAACCCCGAGGAAUUCUCUCUUCGAGCAUGGUGAGAGUUAAGGAGGAAUACGAUGUGGUGGCGAGCCCUUCAUUUUCUAAUGGCAGCUGCGACUCGUAUCUUAAGAAAUCACCGUCCACUUUAUGGUACUUUUGGAGGAGGGCAAGUGGUCCAAUAAGGCGUUCAACAAGAGGAAGAUGGACAAAGGAAGAGGACAGAUUUCUUAUUGCAGCGGUGCAAAAAUUUGAUGGCAAAAAUUGGAAGACAAUAGCUGAACGUGUCCCUGGUAAGACAGAUUGUCAGUGCUUGCAUCGCUGGCAGAAGGUUCUAAAUCCUGGUGUUAUUAAAGGAUCUUGGACAAAGGGGGAAGAUGAUCUUUUAAUCAAUUUGUUCAAGCAAUACGGCUGCAAAUGGUCGCUGAUUGCAAAAAACUUUCCUGGUCGCAUAGGCAAGCAGUGCCGAGAAAGGUGGACUAAUCAUCUCAAUCCUUCAGUAAAGAAGGUUGCCUGGACAGCAGAAGAGGAGUCCAUUCUUGCUCACUACCACCAUGUUUAUGGUAACAAGUGGGCAAAAAUAGCAAAAUUUCUUCCUGGAAGGACGGACAAUGCCAUUAAGAACCAUUGGAACUGCUCGAUGAAGAAGAGAUUGGGUGCAGGAACUGGCUGUAUAAUGGAAAUGUCUGAUGAUUGCUCUGGAUUUUGCGGUCCAGAUGUUAAGGCAGAUUGCUUGAUGGUUAAAUUGGAGCGACAAAGUCCUGAUGAAAUCACUUCUGUUGAUCAGAGAAUGCAUCUGGACUUGAAUAGAACUUGUUUCACCGACUUCAGUCCUGUAUAUUCUCAUGGUGGUAUCAAGGAUUCAGAAGCAGAAGAUUGGUGGAUAUCACCUCCUUGGCAUUCAACAGCAGGGUCAAAUAGCAUAGCAUGUCCAAUUGCCAAUCCAUUUCAUAUGGCGACUGCUUUUUCUCAGGAUGCUGAUAACAAUUCUAAUGUUUCCGUUUCCUCACUGGCUGAUCCUUCAAGCAUCGGUGCAUGUUCAACUGUUGAGUUAACUCCUAGUCCUGUCAAAGUCAAUAUUUCCGUUGCUUCCCAUAGUUUUGAAUCACCUAAAAGGAUAAGAGUAGGUGCUACUAGUACAAAAUGUGGUGAUGAUCCUGGAUAUUGUUGUUGGUCUUUCUCGGAAUCCACAGGUGUCAUGGACUUCACUGGAGCUGAUAAGAGAAAUGACGUCGGUGACACAUUAUUGUCGGCACUUCAGCCAAGAGAUGCGGUCACUUUGGUUGCAAAUAAUGGUUUCAUAUGUGUAGAGAAACAAUGUAGCCCAUCAAGGAGUUUAUGUUACCUUUCCACUCCCUCUAACUCGGUGAGCAGUGUUAGUGUCAAAAGUUGGAGUCCAGAGUUGUUUUUGAGGAACUUGGCAAUGACCUACAAGAACACUCCUUCCAUCAUAAGGAGGCGACGCUCAAAGAAAUCAGGUGAUGCUUCUUUCUCGGGCUCUGCUAGCACGCCAGCAUCGAUGGUAUCAAGUUCUCAAGACAAGGAAGGUGGUAGUGUACAUCUUCUGCAUGUAGAAUGAGGUCUUCCAUCGAAUUUUCAUAAUGCUACAAUUUCCACCGCUGCUAAAUAUCUGGGGAAACACCUAGAACAUGCCUUCGACAUGGAAAUGGAUACGGCUGUUCCCUGAACGUGGAAGUUAAUGCCAAUCGCGCAUUCCCUGGAAAUGAGUGAGCAAUUCAAUGAUGUUUCACUAGUGCCGAGCAUUACUAUCAUGCCAACAAGCUCCAGGACGGGGCCUACAGAAGAAGAUAGCUAUAUCACUGAUAAUAUCUUCGUCUGCAUCCAUUUUGUAGCUUACUUUGCUCCAUGAACUUGUUUCCUGUUAGUUUGACUCUCGGUGACGACAAUGGCACAGCUGUGUGUAUAACGUGGCUCUGCUACUUCAAUUGAAAACAAGUACAUACAAAACAGAUUUCCCUCUCUACUGCUGUAACUUCAAGAUUGCCUGGACUGGCAUUUUGUAAAUGAUGACACUUCAGCUCUGUCAAGGAAUAAAAAGUAGGAAAAUUUCGCUAUCACAGUU